AAGGACUCCUGACUCUGCAGACAACAGACAACAGGCGCUGCUGCAGCUGCUGGCACCGCAGAAUUUGCGUUCACAGAGACGUGAGAGGCUGCGACUUCUGCGCACAGAAGCUGCAGAAGACAGCCAAGAAAACGAAAGAUUUCUUUCUUCUUUUACUUUAAUUGACUGUUUUUAUUAUUUUUUUUUUUCUCAGUGCAUUUUUAAGAGCCAGAUGACUUUAUCUUUAACUCGAGACUCAGCCUGAGGUUGCAACUGGCGAAAACAAAACAGCCAAGAACUUUGUUAAAGAAGAGUCUUGGGUCUGAAAUGGGCAGCAGCAGACUGAUGUGGCUGUCUCUGGCCCUGUCAGUGGCGUGUACAGCCGGACAGGUCACAGGGACCGAGGGCGCCAAGGAGGACAUCCCGGAGGGCGCUUCCACCCUGGCGUUUGUCUUUGAUGUGACCGGCUCCAUGUAUGACGACCUCGUGCAGGUCAUCGAAGGCGCGUCCAAGAUUCUGGAAACAUCUCUGAGCAGACCCAAGAAGCCCCUGUACAACUUCGCUCUGGUCCCCUUCCAUGACCCAGAGAUUGGACCGGUAACAAUUACAACAGACCCAAAGAAGUUCCAGUAUGAGCUGAGGGAGCUGUACGUCCAGGGAGGUGGGGACUGUCCGGAGAUGAGCAUUGGUGCCAUUAAGAUUGCCUUGGAGAUCUCCUUGCCGGGUUCCUACAUUUACGUUUUCACAGACGCCCGGUCCAAAGAUUACAAGCUGACCCAUGAUGUCCUGCAGCUCAUUCAGCAGAAACAGUCGCAGGUGGUGUUUGUGCUGACAGGGGACUGCGAUGAUAGGACCCACACCGGCUACAAGGCUUAUGAAGAGAUCGCGUCCACCAGCUCUGGACAGAUCUUCCAUCUUGACAAGAAACAGGUCAAUGAGGUCCUGAAAUGGGUGGAGGAGGCGGUGCAGUCAUCCAAGGUCCACCUGCUGUCCACAGAUCACUCCAGUGGGGUCAGCAACACCUGGCAGAUGCCCUUUGAUCCCAGCCUAAAGGAAGUCACUGUGGCUCUCAGCGGCCCGGCACCAAACAUUGAGAUAAAGAACCCCCAGGGGAAGCUUGUUGGGAAGAGUGAUGGCCUGACUGAGCUCCUGCACAUUCCCAACUCUGCCAAAGUUGUCAACAUCAAGGAUCCGCACCCAGGGAUGUGGACGAUCAAGACCUCAAGUGAAGGAAGACACUCAGUUCGUAUCUCAGGGCUCAGCACCAUUGACUUCCGAGCCGGAUUUUCCAGAAAGCCCACCCUGGACUUCAAAAAGACCUCCAGCAGGCCAGUUCAAGGUAUUCCCACCCACAUCCUGCUGAAUACCACUGGGCUUACACCUCCCGCUCGCGCAGACAGGCUGGAGCUCCUGUCAAUCACAGGUGAAGUGAUGAAGACUUUGCCGAUCCGCUACUACCCUGAUAGACAGCCAUACGGCCUCUGGAACAUCACAGAGUUCAUCCCACCCAAUGAGGCCUUCUUCCUGCGGGUGACGGGAUACGACCUGGACGGUUACGUGUUCCAGAGAGUCUCCAGUGUUUCCUUCUCAAGCAUUAAACCUGAUGCCCCUAAGGUUCUGAUGCCAUCAACCACUCAUGGUUACUACCUCCAGAGAGGCGCUGUCAGCUGCCAGAUAGAAAGCCUGAUCCCUUUUACUCUACGCUUCAGCAGGGACGGAAGGAGACUAGGGGUGGACCAACUCUUCAGUGAGUCUGACAAUGCGACAUGGGCAAUACCCAAGGUUACUCUGAAAGAUGAAGGCUAUUACGAAUGUGUUGCAAUCAGCAGUGCUGGGACAGGAAGAGCUCGCACCUUUCUGGAUGUGUCAGAGCCGCCUCCGGCCAUUACCGUGGAGGGGAAUGUAACUGUGUCUCCCAGCUCCCAUGCCAUCCUCACCUGCCACGUCGCCAGCACUGUCAGCUUCAACCUCACCUGGCUGAGAGGUGGUCAUGAUGCCCGUCUGGACCCAAGGGUACAUGUGCUGACUAAUCUCUCACUACAAGUGUCCUCUGCGACCCCAGAUCAUGCUGGUUGGUACGAGUGCAUCGCUAUAAAUGAAGGAGGGGUGACGGCAGAGCGGAUCUACCUCACGGUGCAAGAGGUGCCCAGGGUGUCAGUGCAACCACAGAAUCAAACCUUUACUACAGGAGACGAAGUGAGGAUCAGAUGUUCAGCCAGUGGAUACCCACCCCCACGUUUAGUUUGGACCCACAAUGACAUGUUCCUCAUGGCAUCCACCAGACACAGGAUGACUCCUGAUGGCACACUGGUUAUAAGAAACAUGGAGCAAAAGGACGGAGGAGUGUAUGGCUGCCUUGCCAGUAACCAAGCUGGGACGGACACCAUGACAUCUAUCCUGACUUACAUUGAAUCCCCAGUGGUGACAGUGGCAUUGAGUGAUAUUCUCAUCAGCAUUGGUGAAACCACAGUGAUGGCCUGUUCUGCAUCUGGAGUCCCACAGCCAGAGAUCUGGUGGUACAAAGGUGAUAUUCGACUGCAUUCAUCAUCUCUCGUGGACGUGGACACAUUAGGAGGCACACUGACAAUCAAGGAGACAAAAGAUGUUGAUGCAGGAGAUUACACCUGUGUAGCUGUCAAUGCAGCUGGCACUUCUUCAGGAAAGAUCUCUCUGGAUGUUGGAGCCCCACCUUCAUUUAUCCGAGAGCCAUCAGAUGUGGCACUGGACAUUGGCUCUAAUGUGACCCUGCACUGCUCUACCAAGGGUCACCCAGAGCCACAGGUCAGCUGGAGGAGAGAGGAUGGACUUCCCAUUUUCCACACGCCACGCACACAUGGCACUGUCACACAGAGCCGGGGAGGUCUACAAAUCACCAGCCUGUGGGUGGAUGAUGAGGCAGUGUACAUCUGUGAAGCUCAAAACCAAUUUGGCAGGAUUCAGGCUGAGGCUAGAGUCACUGUGACUGGAUUGGUCCCACCCGUCAUUGCAAUGAGUCCGACUGUGCUCAGUGUGAUCGAGGAUCAGCAGAUGACUUUGCCCUGUGUGCUUCUGGCUGGGAACCCGCUACCUGAGAGGCAAUGGCUGCACAACUAUGGCUUGGUGACCUCUGACCAAUAUGUGACAGUGAGAAGGGAUGGGAGUUUGCACAUUGAGAGAGUCCGCCUAGAAGACGCAGGGGACUACACCUGUUUGGCUGAAAGUGUCGUUGGAGCCACAAACCAUACUACCACUGUCUUCGUCUAUGUUAUUCCCACCAUUCAGCACGGCCCUCAGGUGUUCAGCACAAUCGAGGGGUCACCCAUCGUUCUUCCUUGCCAUGCCAGUGGAGUACCUGCUCCUGAAAUCACCUGGACCAAGGGUGGAGAGCUUCUGUACUUGGGUGGUCCAGCUUUCUCCCUGGAUUCUGAUGGCAGCCUUCUCAUCGCCUCCUCCUCUGGAAACGAGACUGGAGAGUUCAUCUGUACAGCUACCAAUCCUGCGGGCUUCGCCUCCAAGAAGGUCCAACUCACCGUCUAUGUUCGUCCUAGAUCCAAUGCUGGUGAUUCUGGAGGCUCAGAUAACCCGAUGAAAAUGUCAGUGAUUGAGGGUGAGGAUGCCAUCUUGCCCUGUGAGGUCAGCAGUGUGCCACCCCCCACCAUCAGCUGGGCCAAAGAGAGGCAGCUCAUCUCCCCGUUCUCUCCAAGGCACACACAACUUCCCUCUGGCUCUAUGAAGAUCUCUGAGACCAGAGUGUCAGACGGUGGACUUUAUGUGUGUGUUGCAUCCAAUAUCGCAGGAAACUUAACACAGUAUGUUCAGCUGAGUAUUUUGGUGCCCCCCAGUAUCCAGGCUGGCCCAAGAGUAAUGAAGAUACAAGUGGGUCACCCGGUGGAGCUGCCCUGUGUGGUGAUAGGGGUCCCAAGGCCCACACUCACCUGGACAAAGGAUGGCAAAAGAUUCCCAGUUUCACCUGAUGGCAGCCUGGCAUUGAAGAAUGUGGGGCUGAAUGAUGAAGGAACAUACACCUGCACAGCCACCAAUAUUGCAGGCAGAGACGAGGCUCGAGUACGGGUCCUGGUGCAAGUACCCCCUGUGGUUGAAGUUUUGGAGCCCCCCUUCAAUAGGCCCCUGCAGGAAAGAGUUGCAAACCAGCGUAUUGCAUUCCCAUGUCCUGCCAAAGGUCUUCCUAAGCCAGUGAUUAGGUGGUUACGUAAUGGCCAGGAGCUGACAGGUAAUGAACCUGGUGUAUCCAUCUUGGAGGAUGGCACGCUGCUGAUUCUUGCCUCUCUGUCUCCACUGGACAAUGGCGAGUAUGUCUGUGCUGCGGCCAAUGAUGCUGGAUCCACCGAGCAGAAGUAUCAGCUCAAAGUCAAUGUGCCCCCUGAUUUCCGUGACAGUGACACUCCAGGAAACGUGUCGUUGAUCCUAAGCCACUCCACCAGUUUGGUCUGUGAUGUCACAGGAAGUCCAACCCCUGUCAUCACCUGGUACAAGGAUGGGUUUCCUGUGGUUGCGAGUGACAACAUCCAGAUUCUUGACUUGGGAAAAACCCUGAAACUGUUGAAAGCUGCCACAACAGACGCUGGCAGCUACAGCUGUAAAGCCAUCAACAUCGCUGGCAGCACAGAAAAAGACUUUAUAGUGGAUAUUCUGGUUCCUCCAACCAUUGAUGGAUCAAGCUCUUCUCAAGAUAUUUCAGCCAUCGUCAAACAGGAGAUCAGCCUGGAGUGCAAGGUGGAAGGAGUGCCCUUUCCCACAAUCCAGUGGUACAAAGACAGAAAGCUGGUGUUUCUUGGUGAUCCCAACCUUGAGAUUACAAACAGAGGUCAGGUUUUGAGGAUAAAAAGUGCCCGUCUUGGGGACAAAGCACGCUACCAGUGUAGUGUCAUGAACACGGCUGGAAAACAGACCAAAGACUUCAACCUCAGUGUUUAUGUUCCCCCCUCAAUUAAAGGUGGUAACUUAACGUCAGAUGUCACCGCCCUGUUGGAAGCCAUAGUUUCACUGGAGUGUGAAGCUCGUGGAGUCCCGAGUCCAACCAUCACUUGGUACCGAAACGGUGAGGCCAUCCUGUCCAACCGUCAGGCUCAGUAUGUGGAGAGAGGACGCUAUCUGAAGAUCCCGCGGGUGCAGGCGUCUGACACUGGUCUGUACACCUGCAAGGUGACAAGUGUGGCUGGCAGCGCUGAGAAGAGCUUUGAACUGGACGUCUACUUGCCGCCCACCAUUGCAGGGGGUGAUGAUGGGCCGACAGAGAGGAAAGUGGUCCUCAGUAAACCUCUGAUCCUGGAGUGUGAUGCAGCAGGGCACCCUCCCCCCUCCCUCACUUGGCUGAAGGAUGGCGUUCCUGUGCGUGAUGGUGAAAGUGUCCGUGUUCUCGAUCAGGGGAGUAAGAUAGAAAUCAUGUCAGCUGCCGUGUCAGACUCAGGACGAUACAUCUGUGUGGCAACAAGCAUCGCUGGAGAGAAGGAGGUCAAAUACGAUGUUCGAGUUUUAGUUCCUCCAUUUAUUGAUGGGGCUGAUGACGUGACAGACAGCACAGUUACAAUCAACACUCCUUUGGAGCUGGAGUGUCAUGCUACUGGAACACCUGCACCUGUCAUCACGUGGUAUAAAGAUGGAAAGCCAGUCAGACAGGGUGAGGGGCUGCGGGUGGGAGCCAGUGGUCGACGGCUGAUCAUUUCCCGGGCUCAGGUCUCUGACACGGCUCGUUUUCAGUGUGUGGCCACAAAUGAAGCAGGAGAUAAUGAGAGGGACUUCAAUGUCGUUGUCCAAGUGCCUCCUUCUAUUCGCACCACCGGGCCUGCAGAGCGAUCAGUGGUUCUAAACAAGCAAAUCAGUCUGGAGUGCAUCUCCAGUGGCAUCCCUGCUCCCAGCAUUACGUGGCUUAAAGAUGGCCGACCUGUCGACAUAACACAGGGGCACCUUAAGCUGGAGUCUGCAGGCAGAUUGCUUAAGGUCAAAGCAGCAAGACUGGAGGAUUCUGGGAAAUACACCUGCUUGGCGACAAAUGCAGCUGGUGAAACCCAACAGCACAUACGGCUCAGUGUCCAUGAACCUCCCAGUAUUCCCAACUCUGGAGAGGUCAUCAACCAGACUAUCCUGUCAGGCUUCCCCACUGAGUUGGAGUGCAAGGCCACAGGCAGACCGUUACCUGCUAUCACUUGGUACAAAGAUGGCCGACCAUUGACAAGUGCAGCAGGUGUGAGGAUGCUGAAGCGAGGUCAGGUGCUGGAGAUCGAACGGGCUCAACUGUCUGAUGCUGGCAUGUACAGAUGUGUUGCCAUUAACCUGGCUGGAAUCGCUGAGAUAACACACAACCUGCAGGUUUACGUGCCUCCUGUGAUCUCCAGCCGUGGAGGCACUGUAACCGUCGUGGUGAAUGAAGCUGCCAGACUGGAGUGUGAGGCCACUGGAGUUCCUCUUCCCAGCCUCACGUGGCUCAAAGAUGGCAGCCCUGUCGCAAGUGUAUCACAUGGCAUUCAGGUGUUGUCAGGUGGCAGAGUGCUCUCUUUGAACAGCUCGCUGGUUAGUGAUACAGGCAGGUACACCUGUGUGGCUGUCAACGCCGGAGGAGAACAACAGAGAGAGUACGACCUGAAAGUUUAUGUGCCACCAAACAUAAAGGGUGAGGAGGUGAAUGCGACUGUUAUGCUCGGUCGUCCAGUCGAGCUGCAUUGCCAGAGCGAUGCAAUCCCUCCACCUACUCUCUCCUGGCGCAAAGAUGGCCGACCGCUCUUUAGGAAGCCUGGACUGACUGUUUCAGCUGAUGGGAGUGUUCUCAAGUUGGAUAGCGCACAGGUGCAGGAUUCUGGCAGGUAUUCUUGUGAGGCCACAAAUGUUGCCGGUAAAACAGAGAAGAACUACAACCUCAAUGUCUGGGUUUCUCCAAGUAUCCGUGGCUCGGAGGAGGUUUCCCCUCUGACUGUGAUUGAAGGAAGUUUAAUCACUCUGGUGUGUGAGUCCAGUGGCAUACCGCCCCCCAGCCUUGCCUGGAGGAAGGAUGGUUCUGAGCUCAAGACGGAUCAGCGGGUCAAGGUUCUGUCAGGAGGUCGCCAGCUGCAGAUCUCAAGUGCUGAGAGGACGGAUUCAGGCUCCUACACCUGCACAGCCUCCAGCCCAGCUGGCACCACUUUUAAAGAGUACAACCUGCAGGUUUAUGUCCGCCCUUCCAUCAGACGCAGUGAGGGCGAUUCAGACGACAUUACCGUGACUAAAGGAGGCGAUGUGACCCUGCAGUGUGCUGCAGAGGGCGUGCCUCGACCGGCAAUCACAUGGCUUAAAGACGGACGGCCUAUCACGGGGCAACAUGGCGCAAAAGUCCUGAACGAGGGGAGGCUUCUUCAACUUAAAGAUGCCAAGGUGUCAGACACAGGACGCUACACAUGUAUCGCUGUUAAUGUGGCAGGACAGGCUGACAGCAAGCAUGACAUCAGCGUUCAUGUCCCUCCAAGUAUACUAGGUCAGGUUACUGUCCCAGAGAAUGUAAGUGUUGUGGUGAAGAACCCUGUUGCUUUGAGCUGUGAGGCUUCUGGUAUCCCCCUCCCCGCCAUCAGUUGGCUGAAGGACGGUCGGCCGAUCAAAGCAUCCAGCUCAGUGCGAGUGCUCUCAGGAGGCCGGAGUCUGCGUCUCAUGCAUGCUGCAGUGGAGGAUGCUGGGAGGUACACCUGUAUUGUCUCUAACAUCGCUGGAGAGGAAAGAAAGAACUUUGAUCUGGAUAUUCUUGUUCCCCCAAGCAUUGUUGAUGAGGGAACAGUGUUAGAUACCAAAGUCAAGGAGAAACACAACAUUACCCUCACCUGUGAGGCAUCAGGUAACCCUGUACCAGAGAUAAAAUGGCUAAAAGAUGGACAGCUGUUGGUUGCUGACCGACGCCAUAAAGUUUUAUCUCAUGGCCGUUUCCUUCAAAUCUCUGGAGCCCAAGUAGCCGACACUGGCAGGUACAGCUGCCUAGCUUCUAACAGUGCAGGGGAUCGCAGCAGACACUACAACCUCAAUGUCCUGGUAUCACCAACCAUUGCUGGGUCGGGUCCUGACGGCUCUGCAGACGAGGUGACGGUGACUCUGAGCAGCCCCACCUCCUUAGUGUGUGAAGUCCAAUCCUACCCUCCUGCUCUCAUUACAUGGCUGAAAGACGGCACACCUUUUGAGUCCAGCCGCAACGUCCGUGUCCUUCCAGGUGGAAGAACCCUGCAGAUUCUAAAUGCUAAAGAAGAGGAUGCUGGGAGAUAUACCUGUGUGGCCACUAACGAGGCUGGAGAGACACUGAAGCACUAUGAAGUCAAAGUUUAUGUUCCCCCACAGAUCAAUAAGAACGAUAUCCCAGGGGAAGGACUCACCCCCAAAGAGGUCAAAAUCAAAGUCAACAGCACGCUGACGCUUGAGUGUGCAGCUCAGGCUUUUCCUACCCCAGCACUCCAGUGGUACAAGGAUGGACAGAUUCUUAGGGCAGAUGACCACGUGUCCAUAACAGCUAACGGCCGUAUAGUCCAGAUCAAGCACGCUCAGGUGUCAGACACAGGCCGCUACACCUGCAUAGCCACCAACAUAGCUGGAGAGGAUGAGAAGGACUUUGAUGUAAAUAUACAAGUACCACCAAACUUCAACAGGCCAGGUGGAGAUGGUGAUGCCACGUCUUCCUCUGGUUUUGGAGUGGAUGUUCGAGAUGUGAUACUAAACAAUCCCAUUUCUCUAUACUGUGAGACCAACGCUGUCCCCCCUCCUACGCUCACCUGGUACAAGGAUGGGCAGCUGCUGACCUCCAAUGACAAAGUUCUGAUCUUGCCAGGUGGGCGAGUGUUGCAGAUUCCCAGAUCCCAGGCUGAAGACUCGGGGAGGUACACAUGUGUGGCUGUGAACGAAGCAGGAGAGGACUCCAUCCAGUAUGAUGUUAGAGUCUUAUUGCCCCCUGUUAUCCGGGGAACGGACAGUGAUUUGCCUGAUGAGGUCACAGUCCUGGUCAAUAAAACUACACAACUGGAGUGUCAUGUGGAUGGAAACCCAGCUCCCAAGAUCACCUGGUUUAAGGACAGCCAGCCAGUCAGCUCUGACGGGCCACAUAGGAUCCUGUCUAAUGGCCGAACACUUCUGGUGUUGACAGCUCAGGUGUCAGACACUGGCAGAUAUGUGUGUGUAGCUGACAAUGUGGCUGGAAGUGCAGAAAAAACCUAUAACCUCAAUGUUCAUGUGCCUCCGACCAUUAUUGGGGAAAAUCCCGAGACUGUAACGGUGGUGGUGAACAACUUUGUGUCUCUGUCCUGCGAGGCCACUGGUUUCCCUCCUCCCACACUGAGCUGGUUGAAUGAAAGGGGCCCCAUUCAGGCCAACACCAACGCACUCAUCAUGCCAGGUGGUCGUACGCUGCAGAUCCUCAAAGCAAAAGUAUCAGAUGGAGGAAAGUACAGCUGUGUAGCCAUGAACCCAGCAGGAGAAGCUUACAAACACAUCCAGCUUACUGUAUUUGUUCCUCCAAGUAUCAGAGACAGCAGUGGAGACUCUCCAGUGGUGAUGAAUGUGCUUGUUGGGAAAUCAGUAACCCUGAAUUGUGAGUCCAACGCUGUGCCUCCUCCCACCAUCACUUGGUACAAGAACGGCAGGGUGGUGACAGAAUCUGCCAACCUGCGCAUCCUGGCAGAGGGACAGAUGCUUGAGAUUAAAGGAUCAGAGGUGUCUGAUACCGGACAGUAUGUUUGCAAGGCCACCAAUGUUGCUGGGCAAGUGGACAAGAACUUCCACUUGAAUAUUUAUGUUCCUCCCAGUAUCGAUGGACCACCAGAGGAGAAGGUUGUUGAAACUAUCAGUAACCCGGUCACAUUUUCCUGUGAUGCUACUGGAAUCCCCCCUCCCAGCCUUUCCUGGUUAAAAAAUGGACGCCCCAUUGAAAACUCAGAGUCUCUGGAGAUGCACAUCUUUUCUGGAGGAAGCAAACUGCAGAUUGCACGCUCACAGCUUUCUGACAGUGGCACAUACACAUGUGUGGCCUCCAACGUGGAGGGGAAAGCCCGUAAGAGCUACCGCCUCACCAUUCAAGUCCCUCCUAGUAUUUCUGGAUCAGAGAUGCCCAGUGAAAUGGGAGUCCUGCUGAAUGAAAGUGUCCAGCUGGUGUGUCGAGUCCAGGGAACUCCGACUCCCACCAUCCAGUGGUUAAAGGAUGGGGAAGUCAUCAAAAACGCUGAGAACACAGGGAUCAGGAUCAGCCCAGAUCAUAGCAUACUCACAGUGACUGGAGCGCACACCUCCAACAGUGGAAAGUACACCUGUGUGGCGACCAACACCGCAGGAGAAGAGGACAGGAUAUUUAAUCUGAAUGUAUAUGUCCCUCCUGUAAUUGACGGUAACAGUGAGAGAGCGGAUCAGUUAACAACAGUUCUGGACAGCUCUAUCAACAUCGAGUGUGUUGCAACAGGCUCUCCUCCGCCUCAGCUCAACUGGCUGAGAAAUGGUCUUCCUCUGCCGGUGUCCUCUCACAUACGGCUUCUUUCUGCAGGACAGGUGCUCCGGAUUACACGCACUCAGGUGUCUGACAGUGGCACCUACACCUGUGUAGCAUCAAACAGAGCAGGAGUGGACAACAGACACUAUAACCUUCAAGUGCAUGUGCCUCCUGGUUUGGACGGAGCAGGCAGCACAGAAGACGUGGCUGUGGUCAGGGGGAACUUGGCGUCUCUGCUGUGUAUUGCUGAUGGGACACCGACCCCCUCUGUGUCCUGGCUUAAAGAAGGAGUUGUUCUAAAUCCUGACCCCCACCUUAAAUUCCUCAACCUAAACACCACUGUUCAAAUCAUCCAGGCACAGGUCAAUGAUACAGGACGCUACACCUGUGUGGCUAACAACACUGCUGGUCAAGCCAGCCGCCAUUUUAACUUGAAAGUGUUAGAUCCUCCACACAUCAAAGGCUCUGAUGUACCUGCAGAAGUGUCUGUUGUGGUUAAUAAUGUCCUUGAGCUUCAGUGCGAGGCCUCAGGUAUCCCAGCACCCUCACUCACCUGGCUGAAGGAUGGACGCCCGCUGCCACAGAUGGACAGCCUUCGCCUCCUCAGGGGAGGGGAGGUGCUCCGUGUCUCCUCAGCACAGCUGGAGGACACAGGCAGAUACAGCUGUUUAGCUAAUAGUCCAGCUGGAGAUGACGACAAGGACUUCCAGGUUCGAGUACAUGUUCCCCCUAACAUUGCCGGGGAGACCACUCCUCAAGAUGUUUCAGUGCUGCGGAACAGACAGGUGACUCUGGAGUGCAAGUCUGAUGCUGUUCCACCUCCAACUCUGACCUGGCUCAAAGAUGGCCAACCCCUAAAGGCUUCAGCCCGUGUGCGAAUCCUGUCAAGUGGACGCUACCUACAGAUCAACAUGGCUGAACUCAGCGACAAAGCGCAGUAUACCUGUGUGGCCAGUAACGUUGCUGGCAAGACAACACGGCAGUUUAACCUGGCAGUCAAUGUGGCCCCGACUAUCAAAGAAGGCUCUCAGACCGUGUCAGUGCACAUCAAGAAGCCAGCCGUGCUGGAGUGCAUUGUCAGCGGUGUGCCACCACCUCGCAUAACUUGGAGGAAACAUGGUGCUAUACUGGCAGGAAAUAAUCCCAGGUACACAUUUGCAGAGGAUGGGUCAUUGCACAUCCACUCUGCUCAAGUGACUGACACUGGUCGCUACCUGUGUAUGGCAACAAAUGAGGCAGGAACACAACGCAAGAGAGUGGAUCUGCAAGUUUAUGUCCCUCCUUCCAUCGCUGAUGGCCGCUCAAAUGUGACGGUUACAGUUAAUGUUCAGACCACGUUAUCCUGCGAGGCCACCGGGAUCCCCAAACCUACUGUCAGCUGGAUGAAAAAUGGUCGAUCCAUCAAUACUGACCAGAACCAGAAUAUGUACAGAUUAUUAUCCUCAGGCUCUUUGGUGGUUAUAGCACCAACAGUAGAGGACACUGCAGUGUAUGAAUGUGUGGUCUCCAAUGAGGCAGGAGAAGACUCCAGAUCCAUAAACCUCACCGUUUAUGUUCCUCCAUCUAUAGCCGAUGAACCCACAGAGCUAGUUGUUACCAGACUGUCCCCAGUGGUCAUUGCCUGCACUGCAUCAGGCGUCCCUGAGCCUACAAUCCACUGGAGCAAAGAUGGCAGAAAGCUUUCCAUAGUGGGACACGGCUACAGCAUCCUGCCCACAGGUCAGAUAGAAAUUACCUCUGCAGAGCUCAGCCAUGCAGGACGCUACUCAUGCACAGCUAAGAAUGCUGCAGGCUCCACCCAUCGCAACGUUCAGCUCACAGUGCAAGAGCUCCCAGUGAUCCAGUCCCAUCCACCCACCCUGGAUGUGAUCCUGAAUAACCCUAUUACUCUGCCCUGCAGAGCCACGGGCUCACCAAGACCCACCAUCACCUGGCAGAAGGAAGGCAUCAAUAUACCCACCAAAAGUGGAAGUUUCACAGUGUUGCCUAGUGGAAGUCUGCAGAUCGCAAAGGCGUCUGUGUCAGACUCAGGAACGUACAUAUGUGUGGCUCAGAACCCUGCAGGGACUGCUCUUGGCAAGACAAAACUCAGAGUACAAGUUCCUCCAGUGAUCAGCUCAGAGACUGAAUCCUACGUAGCACCUGUGGACUCCUCUGUGACUCUACAGUGUCAGGCAGAUGGCUCUCCUACGCCCUCUGUCUCCUGGCAUAAGGAUGGUCAGCCGCUGAGGGAAUCUGUACGCCUGCGGGUGCUCAGCUCAGGAUCCCUGCAGAUUGCAUUCAUCCAGCCCAGUGAUACUGGACGAUACACCUGCACUGCUGCCAAUGUAGCGGGAACUGUCAGCCUUGAGAUGAGCCUCACUGUACAAAUCCCACCCUCCAUCCGCAGUGGAAACCAGGAGGUAGCAGUGGUUGAAAAUGGUCAGGCUCAGCUGACGUGUGUGGCAGAGGGUGUCCCACAGCCCAACUUGUCCUGGGAGAAGGAUGAUACUAGUCUCACUGAAAGCACAGGCGAGUACACCAUCCUGCCCUCAGGAGAGCUAGUCAUCGACAGCGCUCAUCCUGAUGAUGCAGGUGUUUAUACCUGUGUUGCUACUAAUGAGGUUGGACAGGACAGUCAGACGGUGACCCUGUCUGUUCAUACUCACCCCGUCUUCACUGAGCUGCUCGGAGACGUGGCCCUCAAUAAAGGAGAGCGCCUCCUGCUGACCUGUGGCGUCAGUGGCAUCCCUCCACCAAAAAUCACAUGGGCCUUUAAUAACAACAUCAUCCCAGUUCACUACGACCACAUGAAUGGUCACAGUGAGCUGGUGAUAGAGAGAGUGAGCAAAGACGACUCAGGUACAUACACCUGUGUGGCUGAAAACAGCGUAGGAACAAUCAAGUCUCUUGGCUUUGUCUAUGUCAAAGAGCCUCCAAUCAUUGAUGGAGACCCUCACUCCAACCGUAUCGAGCCUCUGGGUGGUAAUGCCAUCCUGAACUGUGAGGUUCGGGGAGACCCCCUGCCCACCAUCAGAUGGAGCAAAAAUGGAAUAAACAUCCAGAUCAACAACCGCAUCCGUCAGCUGGAUAACGGCUCUCUCGCCAUCUAUGGCACUGUGAGUGAAGAUGCUGGCGGCUACAUGUGCGUGGCAACAAAUGAUGCCGGGGUGGUGGAGAGAAGCGUCACACUAACCUUGCAGCGUGCACCCACCAUCACAGUGGAGCCAGUGGAAACUGUGGUGGAUGCUGGCACAACAGUGGUGCUUGACUGUCAGGCAGAGGGUGAGCCGACACCAAUGAUGGAGUGGUCCCGGCAAGGGCGCCCCCUACUGGGAAAUGACCGCUUCUCCACCCUCUCCAACGGCUCUCUCAGGAUCAGCAGUGCCCAGAAGGAGGACACAGCUGAAUAUGAAUGUGUGGCAAGAAAUCUGCUCGGAUCAGUGCUGGUCAGGGUCACUGUCACUGUUCGAGUUCAUGGUGGAUAUUCCGAGUGGGCAGAGUGGGGUCCAUGCAGUGUGUCCUGUGGUGUCGGCUCCCAAAAGAGACUGAGACAGUGUAACAAUCCUCGACCUGCCAAUGGAGGGCGCCACUGUGCGGGAUCACACACAGAGACACGCAGUUGUCAGGGAAAGCCCUGUCCUGUGGAUGGUAACUGGUCAGAGUGGUCUGUCUGGGAGGAGUGUUCUCGUACCUGUGGUCAGGGCAACAGAACGAGAGUCCGGACCUGCAGUAACCCUCCAGCUCAGCAUGGAGGCCGGCUUUGUGAGGGGAAGGCCGUAGAGGUCAUUAUGUGCAGCGUCCGACCUUGUCCAGUGCCGGGUAACUGGGGGUCUUGGCUGCCAUGGAGCCCGUGCAGUGAGACCUGUGGUAAAGGCAUGAAGUCCAGAAUCCGCCUCUGCAACAAUCCUCCUCCAGCAUUUGACGGGCCGCAGUGUGAUGGCUCAGACACCCAAACACAGAUGUGCAAAGAGAGGCAGUGUCCUGUGGAUGGGAAGUGGUCAUCCUGGGUGAGCUGGGGAGCCUGCAGUGUUUCAUGUGGAGGCGGGACCAGACAGAGGACCCGUCUCUGUGCUAGUCCUGCUCCUCAGUAUGGAGGCCGGCAGUGUGAAGGCAAUGAUGUGCACAUCGACUUCUGUAACAGCGACCCCUGCCCUAUUAAUGGUAAUUGGGGUCCCUGGAGUAGCUGGGGUAGCUGCAGUAAGACAUGUAACGGAGGUCAGAUGAGACGCUAUAGGACCUGUGACAACCCGAGACCAGCCAAUGGUGGUAGAGCAUGCACAGGAGCAGAUUCUCAGAUACAGAGAUGUGGAACAGACAACUGUCCUGUUGAUGGUAACUGGGGUCCCUGGCAGCCAUGGGGAGAUUGCUCUGCUUCCUGUGGGGGAGGAGAGAGAUCACGUGUUCGUCUAUGUAACAGUCCAUCUCCUACCAACGGGGGUCGGCCGUGUCCUGGAGACUCUUCUCAGCUGUCCAGGUGUAACUCCCAGGCCUGCCCAGGUGGACCCCAGAGGGCUCGGGGAAGCAUCAUCGGGAAUAUCAAUGAUAUUGAGUUUGGCAUCGCCAUCCUCAAUGCCACCAUCACAGACAGCGGGUCAGGCAGCAGAACUAUCAAAGCCACUAUUACCAAUAUACCAAGAACAUUAGGUCCUGCAAUGAGAAAGCUCAUCUCUAUCCUAAACCCCAUCUACUGGACAACUGCACAGGAAAUAGGAGAGGCAGUCAAUGGCUAUACGCUAACAGGAGGCACCUUCAGGAGAGAGACGCAGGUGGAGUUUGCCACAGGUGAGAUCUUGAGGAUGACCCACAUCGCCAGAGGCUUGGACUCAGAUGGAGCGUUGCUGCUUGACAUUGUAGUGAACGGACACAUCCUGCAGCUGCCCUCACAUGCUGACAUCAACAUCAAGGACUACACAGAGGACUACAUCCAGACUGGCCCAGGUCAGCUGUAUGCUCAGUCCACUCGCAUGUUCAGUGUGGACAGAGAGAGCGUUCCCUAUUCCUGGAACCACACCAUCUCCUAUGACCUGUCCAAGGGCAAGAUGCCAUACCUGGUAGAAACGCUUCAUGCCACAGCCAUCAGUGCUCACUACCACCCCCUGGAGGAGAUGCUGAAGUAUAGCAUACAAGCUAUCAUUGCCAAAGGCGAUCGCAGCAACCAGUGUCCUCAAGGGUUCACUUUGGUGUCAGCUGGGCCGUACUGUGCAGAUGAGAACGAGUGCGAGGUUGGUAACCCAUGCUCUCAUGCCUGUCACAACACCAUGGGCACCUACUACUGCUCCUGUCCCCGGGGGCUCACCAUCUCAGCUGACGGCAGGACCUGUCAGGACAUUGAUGAGUGCUCGCUGGGUGGGAACGUUUGCCAUGAUGGACAGGACUGUGAGAACACGAUUGGCUCUUACAGAUGCGUCAUGCGCUGUGGGCGGGGCUUCAGGAGAACAGCUGAUGGGCUAAGCUGCACAGAUAUCAAUGAGUGCCAGGAGUCAAAUCCAUGCAACCAGCACUGUCUGAACACGAUAGGAAGCUACAGAUGUGCCUGCGAGCCGGGCUAUCAACUCAGGAACAGACGCUGUAUAGAUAUAAACGAGUGCAGACAGAGAGUCUGUCGAUCAGAUCAGCAGUGUAAAAACACACGGGGUGGUUACACCUGUAUUGACCUGUGCCCUCGUGGUAUGACUAAAGGUGCCAAUGGGACAUGUAUAGACAUUGAUGAAUGCAGAGACGGCACUCAUCAGUGCCGAUAUAAUCAGAUCUGUGAGAACACUAGAGGAAGCUACCACUGCACAUGUCCGAGGGGCUACAGAUCUCAGGGAGUGGGAAGGCCAUGUGUCGACAUAAAUGAGUGCGAGCGGCUCCCUCAGCCCUGCGCCCACCAGUGCAUCAACACCCCCGGCAGCUUCAAGUGUACCUGCCCACCAGGGCGCCAACUGCUGGGUGAUGGCAAAUCCUGUGCUGGUCUGGAGCGCCUGCCCAACUAUGAGAGUUACUCGUACGGCUACAGGACGUCACAGUCCUCUCCUGAGCGACUCUACCACAACCUGGCCUCUCAGAGCUACCACUCCUAUGCAGCCAACACAAGGGGCCGCUACAGGAGCCGGAGCCGCAGAGAGGCUGACGCUCAUUCAUCCUCACAGGGUUUCCUGGCUUGUCAGCAGGGGUUUGAGUCCUGGGGUGGCGCCUGCGUAGACAUCAACGAGUGUGAGGUAAGAGAUGCCUGUCAGCACGAGUGUUUGAACACACCAGGGAGCCACAGGUGUCUCUGUCCUGCUGGUUAUCGCCUCAUGACCAACGGCAAGACGUGUCAGGACAUAGACGAGUGUCUGGAACAGAACAUCCAGUGUGGAGUGAACCAGAUGUGCUUCAACAUGAGAGGAAGUUAUCAGUGUAUAGACACACCCUGUCCACCAAACUACAAGAGGGAUCCAGACACAGGGUUUUGUCUGAAGAACUGCCCACCAAAUGACCUGGAGUGUGCUCUGAGCCCUUAUGCCCUCGAGUACAAGCUGCUCUCUCUCCCCUUCGGCAUUGCCGCCAACCAGGACUUGAUCAGACUGGUGGCCUACACGCAGGACGGGGUCAUGCACCCCAGAACCACCUUCCUUGUGGUGGACGAGGAUGUCGCGCUACCAUUUGCUUUGCGAGAUGAGAACCUGAAGGGGGUGCUGUUUACCACACAGGCGCUGCGAGAGCCCCGAACGUACCGCAUGAAGGUACGAGCCCUCUCCUACAGCGAAGAUGGAGCAAUCGAGUACCAAACCACCUUCAUCGUGUACAUUGCAGUCUCUGCCUACCCUUAUUGAGAGCACUUUAAGAGACCCAGGACAGAAGGGCAGACUGAUAAAACCAUGAGUGAAUGUGGUCUUGGAAAAGCUGCCACAUCGGUAAAGAGACUGAAGAGGACACUUGGUGUUUGUGUGAUUGAGUGCAAAGCCCUGAAGACACGAGGACAAAGAUUCAAAGUGUAACUAAUCCAGGCCACUGGAGGUUAACUGGAUGUUGAAUCAAACUGGCUAUUUAUUGGCUUAAAUCCUGGAAUAUCCUCCUCAGUCUGCCAUGGUAGUGUUUAAUUAUUUUUCUUAUUUUUCCCCCUCUCCAUCAGGAUUUAUUUAUAACAUAAGCAAGAAUAUCUUUCUCGUAGCAGAAGCACCCACCUCUGGCUGAGACAGCACACUUUUAUUUACAUCUACCCAUCAUUAAAUUAUUGGGAAGUGCUUGAACCAGAAAAAGAGCAGUUUCCCUCCAUUUUUAAGCCAGAGUUGAGACUGUUUAGAUAUGGUGCUUGAAUUUACUACAGGAAACUUGACCAUCACAUCUUCUGCAUCCUCAGGUAGCAGCUUUCAUAAACAGAGGGGCAUCAAACAGAGACCCUAUCCCAUCGUUGCACAUUGACUCUGUUUAUACCUUUAAUUAAAACCCUUCCUGGGUGAUCUAAUAAUUAGUGGUACGCCUUAAUGUUUUGUGUGAGAAUGGACAGCUUAGACCACACACUGAGCUGGUCUGGGAUGCCCUCAUUGGUUCAGUAAUGUAAACACUCAGGCAUCAUGGGCAGCAUUACUGGCCUCCCCCUUAACUGGGAGAGCCAUGCUGCUUGUGCUGGGUGAAAACAAUCAUACAUCAGUCUUUUAAAAUCAGCAGAUGUAUGUUUGCAUGUGAGAUCACAUCUAAAGUACUCAAUGAAGAAGCAGUGUUAAAGCAAAGUGUUACCGGCCAUUGUUUUCUUCUUGUCAGCUGUUCACCCAGGAUGGAUGUUAAUAAAAAAAAUGUAAACAGUCUCACUGGUAAGAUCAUCACUGUGCCAUACAGCUCCAUCCAAUAAUUCAUGCCAAGAUGUAUUUUAUUUUUAUGAUUUGUACAUAGGUUUUUUUUCUCAUAAUGUAUUGCAAUACUGUUACUAUUGUUACCAUUUUGUAAUAAAAUGUUAUAAAUGAACACAGAUUGAAGUAAAUCUUAAUAUUGUACAGUAUAUCUGCAGCAGUACUCCUGCACAAACCAGGUAACCUGACACGCCAAAUAAACUUUCAUAUAUCCACUGCAUGGGAUAUAUUUCACAUCCACAUCCAUCCAGAGUGAUAAAACAUAUAUAAAAAUCAUUUAUUUUUGGGCUUUUUCUAGAAAGGAAAGUAGAUAAAUAUUCAAACUAAAAUGUAAAAUAGUGAAAAAUGACGGGA